GCGCGCGCAACGCGUCCCUCUUUCGUCCUAGUGCGCACGCACGGCUCCGCCCCCGCCCCUUCGGCACUCGGGAGGCCGAGUCCGCACGAAGAUGGCGGCGCCGCUCGUCCCCCUCUCACAGCAGAUUCCCAGUGGAAAUCCAUUAUAUGAAUCUUACUACAAGCAGGUGGACCCUGCCUACACAGGGAGAGUUGGGGCCAGCGAGGCUGCGCUGUUUCUGAAGAAGUCAGGGCUCUCUGACAUCAUCCUGGGGAAGAUAUGGGACUUGGCGGACCCUGAAGGUAAAGGGUUCUUGGAUAAACAGGGUUUCUAUGUUGCACUGAGAUUGGUGGCCUGUGCACAGAGUGGCCAUGAAGUCACCUUGAGCAAUCUGAGCCUCACCAUGCCACCACCGAAAUUUCAUGACACUAGCAGCCCAUUGAUGGCCACACAACCGUCUACAGAGACCCACUGGGCUGUGCGCGUGGAGGAGAAGGCAAAGUUUGAUGGCAUCUUUGAAAGCCUUCUACCAGUCAAUGGUUUACUCUCCGGAGACAAGGUCAAGCCAGUCCUUAUGAACUCGAAACUCCCUCUGGAUGUGCUGGGCAGGGUCUGGGACCUCAGUGACAUCGACAAGGAUGGACAUUUGGACCGAGAUGAGUUUGCUGUGGCCAUGCAUUUGGUGUACCGCGCCUUGGAGAAGGAACCAGUGCCCUCCGUCCUGCCCCCAUCCCUCAUCCCACCCUCCAAGAAGAAGAAGACAGUGUUUGCAGGAGCUGUGCCUGUCCUGCCUGCCAGCCCCCCACCCAAAGACAGCCUCCGCUCCACGCCAUCCCAUGGCAGCGUCAGCAGCCUCAACAGCACAGGCAGCCUGUCUCCAAAGCACAGUGUCAAGCAGACUCAGCCACCAGUAGCCUGGGUGGUGCCUGUGGCAGAUAAGAUGCGCUUCGAUGAGAUCUUCUUGAAGACAGACCUGGACCUUGAUGGCUAUGUGAGUGGCCAGGAAGUAAAGGAGAUCUUCAUGCACUCGGGCCUCACACAGAACCUUCUGGCACACAUUUGGGCCCUGGCUGAUACGAGACAAACGGGGAAGUUAAGCAAAGAGCAAUUCGCGCUAGCUAUGUAUUUCAUUCAGCAGAAGGUCAGUAAAGGCAUCGACCCUCCUCAAGUCCUCUCGCCAGACAUGGUGCCACCCUCGGAGAGAGGCACUCCCAUUCCAGAUAGUUCGUGUGCUCUCGGGUCAGGGGAAUUCACAGGUGUUAAGGAGCUGGAUGACAUUAGCCAGGAGAUCGCUCAAUUGCAGAGAGAGAAGUACUCAUUGGAGCAAGACAUCCGAGAAAAGGAAGAGGCCAUCAGACAGAAAACCAGCGAAGUACAGGAGUUACAAAAUGACCUGGACAGGGAAACCAGCAGUCUACAGGAACUUGAGACACAGAAGCAGGAUGCCCAAGACCGCCUGGAUGAGAUGGACCAGCAAAAGGCCAAGUUGCGGGACAUGCUGAGUGAUGUGCGGCAGAAAUGCCAGGAUGAGACCCAGAUGAUCUCAUCACUGAAAACCCAGAUCCAGUCUCAGGAGUCAGACUUGAAGUCUCAAGAGGAUGAUCUCAACCGGGCCAAGUCAGAGCUGAAUCGGCUGCAGCAGGAGGAGACACAGCUGGAGCAGAGCAUCCAGGCGGGACGUGCCCAGCUGGAGACCAUCCUCAAGUCCCUGAAGUCCACGCAGGAUGAGAUCAACCAGGCGAGAAACAAGCUGUCGCAGCUUCAGGAAAGCCAUCUAGAAGCUCACCGGAGCCUGGAACAGUAUGACCAGGUGCCCGAUGGGGUCUCUGGCACCAGCCUGCCUGACCUGGCCACCCUGAGUGAAGGCGUCUUGCUGGCAGAGAGGGGCGGCUUUGGAGCCAUGGAUGAUCCUUUCAAAAACAAAGCCUUACUGUUUAGCAACAACUCCCAAGAACUACACCCAGACCCUUUCCAGGCGGAGGACCCCUUCAAAUCCGACCCGUUUAAAGGAGCUGACCCCUUCAAAGGUGACCCCUUCCAGAAUGAUCCCUUCGCAGAGCAGCAGACGGCAGCCACAGACCCAUUUGGAGGGGAUCCCUUCAAAGAAAGUGACCCAUUCCAUAGUUCAACCACUGAUGACUUCUUUAAGAAACAGACAAAGAACGACCCAUUUACCUCAGACCCCUUCACGAAGAACCCUUCCUUACCUCCAAAGCUCGACCCUUUUGAGUCCAGUGAUCCUUUCUCUUCCUCCAGCAUCUCCUCAAAAGGAUCAGAUCCCUUUGGAACCCUAGACCCCUUUGGAAGCGGCUCCUUCAGCAGUGCCGAGGGCUUCGCUGACUUCAGCCAGAUGUCCAAGCCCCCACCUUCUGGCCCCUUCUCCUCCUCCUUGGGAGGCACAGGAUUCUCAGAUGACCCCUUUAAAAGUAAACAGGACACUCCCGCUCUGCCUCCGAAGAAGCCCGCUCCUCCACGGCCCAAACCGCCCAGCGAAGCAGCAGCUGGACAGAAAGGCGCGGCCAUGUACACACUGCUGGGUGGUAGGUACAGACGUGUGUGGGGUGCAUGUAAGCCCAGCAUCCUAUGCUGUGGUUGUGUUAAUCUCAUGCUAGUCUCUAACCAUGCAGGUACCGCCAUGGUACCAGUGCACAGCUCAGGACCCUCCCCUGCCUUAGCUGACUUGUUAAUUAGCCCUGUUUGAUGGGAAAGCAUUUAGCAUCAAGUGCCUGGUUCAUGCAUGGAUUUGGAGCCCAAUCUUGCACUUCUUCCUGUGUCCCAUCCAUACCACACAUGCCACAGCUACUCUCAGGUGGAUGGGGCAACAGUUCACACUGACAUGGCUGGACUUGCUCAGGAGCCAGGGCACUUUCUGUCUUCUGACCACUUAAGAAGGGACAUAGCCACGCUGAAGUGGGGCCUUUAUUUUAUUUUAUGUCUGAGACAGGAUCUCUGUCAUAACCUGGAACUCGACAAUUCUCCUGCCUCAGACUUCAUGCCUCAUCAUGCCCUGUUUUUGGAUGGUGCUUUUCUGCCCACCCUUUUUCCAUUGAGGAAAACCACGUGACCAGUGUACAGCAAAAACAGCCCUCAGCUCCAUCGUUCAGAUCCUUGCGAUAUCACAUGUGGAAUUCUGCAGUGGGAGAGCUGGUCCCAGCAUGGCUAGGAGGGGAUGGAGGAGGUAGGGCACCCUGCUCCCAAGGACCCCUACGGGUGGUGUACCUGGUAGAAAACGUGGGACAACGGCAGUGCUUCUCCAGACUGUUUUAGCUGAUUCAAGCAGGAAUUGUGAGUGACAGUGGCUUUCCUCAUUGUGACUGCCCUGCAUGUGAGAUGUGCUACCAUCUUCCUGCCUGGGCUUUUCUAGCCCAGGGACAGAGACUCUCUGAAAAACCCUGCCGAGUCCGUGUGCCUGGAAGUGGCCACUUAGCUUUGGUCCACCUUUCCAACAAAAAUCUAAGGAGUUGUUUAGUCAGGCUGCUUUGGGGACAUGAGGGCCUCAGGCAGAUGUCCAUGGGCUGCCUUGGAUACAUGCCCAAAGCUCACCUGCCUCAGUUUUCCACAGCUCGGGCCCAGGCUUGUAAGUAAAACACACGGCAUGAUGAAUGGUGUACAGGUCUGCCUUACAUUCCGUGUGCACCCAGCCGUCCCAGGUGCAGGGUCCCCUGAGGGUUGCACUCGGGAUGUAUAGUUUGGGUCUGGGCGGCAUAUAGUUACAUGCUGCGUUCUCCCAGCUCCAUGUCUCUUGGGAUCUUCUGUUUGUCCUAGCUCAUUUCAGUUCACCUAGGGAUCAGCUGCGUCUGUUGUGGUGCCCCCCCCACCCCAAAGCCAAGGAUACAGUACUCUCCUUGAAGCUACAGAGUAUGUAGGCUGCUGGGGUGUGCAGAAAAGUUGGGUGUUUUGAAAGCGCUGCAUUUUCAUGCCUGGAGAUCUUUUCUAGAAAGGUCUGUCAAGGUAUUAAAUAACCUGCAGGUGUCUGUCUGAGCCUGAGGCAACUGACUGCUUUCAGACGCAUGCAAAACAGCUUGAAAACUGCCAGUGAGCGCACACCUCCCCCAGGUAAACAGUGGUGUAUUUUCUGCAACGGACGAAGACGGAGAUCAGUCAGAACUCACCGCUAAAGUUUCUAGGUAAAAGUUGUUGAUUUGCAAAGAGAGAAACAGAUUUUUUUUUUAAGUGCAGGAAACGGCUGUGUGGGCGUCAGUGAUUGGGCUGCCUGAGAUAGCGGAAUCCUGACGGGCCCCACCCUGCCACUUCCUGCCAGUGCUGCCCUGCGGCUCCUAGCAGAGCCUGCCCGCUGCCCCAGCGGCACCCACUCACCAGCCAGUCACCUUUAACCUCUCCCCAAGUUAAUGAUCAUCUUUAUUACUACUCAUGACCUCUUCUCUACAAGGCCAGGCACACGAUAGGGAUAAGGUCAUAGUAGCUUUUUGUUCCUUCCCACAAUGUCACCAUUAGUACAUUUACGUUAGCAAAUAUCUCUCACUCAGGCAACAUGAGAAUGGUCUGGACUUGUAUUGAAUUUGAUGCCCUUUCCAAAGCAGAAGCAAAAAGUCACUUCUACUGGGACAGACACAUCCUCUCCCACCCGUGUGAGAUCUAUGCAGAGUGGCAUGAGCUCCUCACAGGGUCACUGUGGCCUGCAGAGGACAGGCACAGAGAAUGUUCUAGGACCAUAAGCAUUCCACUCCAGUGUGCUUUCAACCCUCCUGUGAGGUCCCAGGCCAACGACAGAAUGUGUCUGGGCCCUGACACUGGCUAUACUGUCCGCGAGCCUCUCGUUACUGUGUAUUGUCAAAUGGCAUCGCCAUCUGAACCUGUGGUUAGCACCUCUGCCCUGAAUGUAACUACUUUAAUUCCGUUCCCACGAUGGUGGCAAAGAGAUAAUGCAGCGGGUAUACUAGAGAGUUUAGAAUGGGACACACUUAUUCCAUUUCAGGAAGACGCGGGCAUUUGCUAGCCAGCCAAGAGGGGCAGAAGGCACCCAAGCCGCCUGAGACACCUAAACUGGUGGAGCACCAUCACCCCCAUCUUGCCCUCACUCACUGUACCCACUGCCUGUGCAGAUACUGGCUGAGGAGGCACCCAUAGCUGAAAGGGCUUGCUUCCCAGGUUAUGGGUUAAUCCAUGCUUCUCCAGCUGGUUGCAGUAACCCUGCAAUUCCUGUUCUGCAGAGUUAGCAGAACAGUUUGAAAUAGAAGUAUUUGCCUACCUUGUCACACCCACCCCACUGUAUCCAGCAAGAUGAUUCCAAUGGAUGUCCUGUAACUCCAUUACCUGGUAUGCAGUAGUGGGUAAACGCUACUCCAGGGGUGAUUCACAUCCAGACAGUGGAGGUCCUGGGGAGCCUGCGGGACAUAAGCCCAGAGAAAUAGGCUCUUCCUUCCCACCUGCAUCUGUGGUGAUGAGUGGGCAUGAGCAACUAACUUCCAGGCCCUCACUGAGCUGAGGGUCUACCGUUGACUCACCUAAAGGACUCAGGCUAUUGGCUCCAGGUGCAACCUCCCCGGCAGGGUCAGUGUGGUCCCUCACAGCUCCCCCACAUGGCAGCUCACAACUGUCUGUAAGUCCAGUUUCAGAGGAUUUGAAACCCUUACACCAAUGUCCAUAAAAUUAAAUAAUUUAAAAAAAAAAAAAGGAAAGAAAAGAAAAGAGAACCAAGUAGAAGUCCUCCCCCUCAACCCUCCUCGGGCUCCAUGGGCCUGUGACCCUUUCCCGCAUAGGUCAUUCAUUCCCACUGCAGACGUCACGGUCUGUGCUGAGUCCCCCUUCACAGAGGUAGCAUUCUGGCUGUGUUGGCCCUUGUAAGGAAGAACAAAGGUCCCACGGCUGUGCAUAGCAAGCACUUAAGACUCCCCACCGCCACUUCUCUGCAGAGCACAUCUCCCUGAACGCCCACUGGAACAGAAGGAUUGUGUCAAAAGUGACUUCUCAGAAGAAGAUGUGUGCCAGAAAUGGUGGCUUGUGCCUGUGAUCCCAGCACAUGGGGCACAAGGUCCCACUGGGGCUGCAGAGUGAAACACCAAAACAAAUGACAGAACACAGGGCAGGUGGUUUGUAGCAAUUUGUGUCAGCCCUGCCCCCCAGCCUGUUUUCUUCUGUAGGCUAAUGUCACCCCGUUCACCAGUUCCUCGUUAGAGAUCAGAGCGGCCCUUGUGAAAACUCGGAAUUGUCUUUCUUGCUUCAGACCUCUUUGUCUUUUGUAGACCCUUUUCAUGGUGGGGCAGCGCCGUGUCUGCCAGCCCCGCAGACUCCCAUGACCCCUGCCCGUAUCACAGCAGACAAAAUAGCCCAAGUACAGAUGGGGAUAACAAAUAUUUGUUCAGCUUUUCUCCUCAGCUCAGACCCAAACCUCAUCCUGUCCCUUCUGAUGCGCCAAGCAAGACUUCUCAAAAAUUGGUAAAUAUUUUGGGUGGGAAGUUUUGGCACCAUGAUAUGAUCCGGUACAUCAGAUUUUUAUCUCCUGGACUAUGCUGCUAUACUGUGCUCUGAUCUGCCAAUGUGCAGAACUACCUGCAAGCCCUCGGUGGCCUGGGCACCAAGGCUGCCAGAACUGUCAGCGGGAGAACGGAGGUGUGAGCGGAAAGGACUCCUUUCUUAUGACAGUUGAAAGUUUGAGUCAGGCAAUCUGAUUUCUCUCUCCUCUCUGUCCCUACGUAGUCUCUGCUUUGUUGGUAAGCUGUGAGCAAAAAGAGAGGAGAUCCCUGGUGACUUCUUGGUGUCCCUCACCUAAUUCCUGACAGAAGGACUCCCAGAAAAGCCUGGCAGUGAGAAGGACCAAUGCUGUCCAGGGCAAAAAAGGACAGUAACGGUGUGUGGGUGCCCAUGUCAGUGCAUGGCAGUGUGGGAACGACCUGGGUUGCAGAGGGUAAUGGCUGGGGUGGGGCAGCUGCCCUGACCACAAACCUUUAGUCUUUGUUUUCUAGUUGUCUUUUUUGGGGGGUGUUUUUCCUGUAUUUAUCUCUCAUCUGCAGAACUGCGUUUUCUAAGUACAGCAAUGAAUUGUGUCAACAGAACUCAGAGUUUGACAGGGGCAAGCACAUGCUCUCUCUUGGGUGCAAAUUUUUUUUUUUAAUUUUUUUCCCCUUUUACAGCACGAUGUUUUACUCUAUAGCCCAGACUGGUUUGCCUGGAACUAAUGAUCCCCCUGCCUCUGCCUUCUGAAUACACCAGAGCCCGGUCCUGAUAUUUGAUAUUCUCCUUAAUCAAAUUUCUAGGGCCUUUGCACCCCAGACCUCUUGACUGUUCUUCUGUAUCAGUCACCCCUCUUGGAACUGAUUAUUGAGAUCCAGUGUGUUAUUCGAGCCUGGCUCUGGGAAGGAAUGGCUCAGGGAAUCCCUGAGAAGCAAGCCCAAAAAGGCAAAGGCACUUCCCUGAUCUUUAGUCUCUGGCUGUGCUGACUUUCUGUGCUGGGAGACAAACAGCCUCGAAAACCUGAAAAAUAGAAAAAUUAAAGAAAUUCUUCCAGGGUGGGGCCGGCCACUGAGUAAUUUUUUUUUUAGCAGAGUGUGCUGUGGUAAACCAUGGAGUUCGUGUUGUUUUUGCCGAAGUCAGUGCUGUGUGUGGUUUCGGUACACCGCUCGGGUGGCUGUUGAAACUGCUGUGGUUUCCACAUACGACCUACUGUGCUUCUUCAGUCCCCUCAGCUAGUGCAGCGGCCGGAGAGUGUGGCCAGGGUACCAUGCCCGCUGUGGCAUCAGUUAUCAUGCACCAUCCCGUUAAAUUUUCAUGUAACGUUUUUAUUUUCAUUUGUUAUUUUGGGGCGUAGCGAGGACAGAGGAGUUGUCUCAUUCUCCCUGCCAAGCCUCCCAGUUCAAGGUGUGUGCCACCAUGCCUGGCCAGACAAUUCUUUUACUGUUGUUUAUUUCUUCCCUUUGUUUUGGUUUUCUGCAUUUAUUUGCUUGUGUGUGCACUUUGGUCAGUGACACACACAGGUGAGGCUCAGGGCAACUGUCAGGACAGUUGUUCCAUUGUGUGAGUUUGGGGAUUGAACCUAGAUGUCAAGCUUGGGAGCAAGCACCUUUGUCUUUGAGACAUGGCCUCAGUCCUUUAGUUUUUUCUGAUCCCUUUUCCGCAGCCGUUUCUCCAUACUCGUGUCCCAAGAGCCAAAAGCACUGUGACUUUGUCACACCCGGGAUCAGCUUCACCUCGAAAAAUGGGGAAAGCGAUGAAGGAGUUAGCAAAAGUGGUUACAUAAAAGCAGGAACUAGACCCAGCCUUGAAACAAUACAGCCACCAAAAAUAACUCAGUGCCAAGUAGGAAGCCACGGCCAGGGUCUUCCUUCAUUGCUCAAGCUGUGGGCACAAUCCAGGGCCACACCAACCUGCAAGUGGCAGGGACCUGCAGUGCCUGCACACCAGCACCCAGAACACAGGCACCUAAGAGAAAACCGUCUCCCUCCUGAAAACAAGAGGCAGCAGUUGCUCCUGGCGGGUUUCAUGAGCACAGUCGCGAUUUCUAAAUAACGGUUUCGGCUGCAGCGAGUCUUGGUGUGAAAGGCUCUUUUCAUCUCUGAUCGCCUCUCUGCUCUCAGAAGCCUCAGCCUCAGUUGACUGUAGCCGGUUAGGCUCCUGACUGCCCUCCCACCAAAACAGUUUUUCGUGUCUUGUUUAAUCCCCAAGCCAAGGGAGAAAAGCUCUUCAUUAAAUAGACGAAGAGUGGUCCAAAAGUGGCUAGUCGCCUCCUUUCCCUGCUAGCCUCAGCACAUCCUGCAAGAAAUGCCCUGCUCUUAAAUUCUUAUUGUUCAUUGUUUUUGAGACAGAGUCUCAUGUAGUCCAAGCUAGCCUCAGACUCUGGUAGCUAAUGUUGAACUUGAACUCCUGGUCCUCCUGCCUCAGCCUCUGUACUGGAAUCAAAGGUGUGGCUAGCCACGCCUAGUUUUUAGUGGGUAGGGAAUGAAACCCGGUGCUUCACUCGGGGCUGAACAAGCGCCCCACCCUUGUUUUUACUUGAGUUGGGGCUGGCUAAGUAAUACAGUCUAGCUUCAAGCUCAUAAUCCUUCCUCAGCCUCCCAAGUACGGGAUGACAGUCUACAUAACACGGUCAAGGCCAGCCUGGGUUACGUGAAACCAUUUCUCAAAAAAACAAUAAUUUUAACAAUAGUGACCUGCUCUUCAUAGCUGGGGGUCAGGACUUCUAACCAUGAACUUGAUGGGCAUGGAGACAGGCUGAGCAGGCAGCAAGGCUGUGUGGAAUCCCGGGGGCCAGCUGGUUCAGUCCCUAGCCUAGGACCUUGCUCAGUCAGUACUAGGCCUGCACAAGCAUGAGUUAGUGUGUAUUUAUGCAUGGUGGGGCAUAAGAUAGCAUCUAAUUUGAGAGUGCCCAGGUUUGGGAUCACUGCAGAACCCUGGGAGGAGAGUCAGUGUGGUUCUGGGGCUUUUCUAGUACUCCAGUACCUAGGGAACUCAGAUUUUGUGCUAUAAUGAGCCACAUUUCAUCAAAGACCCACAGCCCGCCUGCCCUCCCGCUCUCCCUCCCUCCCUCCCAGCUCCUGACUGGGCACUGAGGAUGGGGAGCAAGGUCCAGACUCAGGGGCGCAGGUUCCAGCCUUUGAGAAGAGAAUGAGAAAGCACAUAGUGACUUGACCACCAGGCGUGGUAGGGAGGCAUCUGAGCCAACAAGUGGGCACUGGAACAGCCUCCACAAUAUGACCUUGCAUGUGGAUGGGCUGUGCAGAUGAGGCCGAGUGCAUGAGGGGCUGAUGGGGAGGGCUCUGUGGCAGGACCCCUGACAAGAAGGGGUUUGUUUAGAGUGGAAGUUACAGAGACAGUGACCAGAGAGGGUCCCCAAACGAGGGCAGGGACCUCUCCUAUGUCACACUCCCUUUGCCUGGGUGAGGCUCCCAGACCACAGGAUGAAGAAAGAGGCUCAGGACAACAGUUGGACCCUGGGUCAGUACCAAAAGUGUGCUGGAGCCUUGCGAGCCUCCCUAGCCUCUGCUGGCUGCCUUUUUGUUCGUGCCUGUUGGGUGGGCUUGCUGGUGAUUGGCCUGCAGGGAUAUUUGGGAGUGGGAAAGAGAUAGGCUUUAAUAACCCACAGGGGUCAGAACCUCUGUGGAAUGAGGUGUGUACCUAUCCUUCUGAAGGGGGCUCUUUUAUCUUUUUUUUUUUUUUUCUUUUUCGAGACAGGGUUUCUCUAUAGCUUUAGAACCUGUCCUGGAACUAGCUCUUGUAGACUAGGCUGGUCUCGAACUCACAGAGAUCUGCCUGUCUCUGCCUUAUGUGUGCUGGGAUUAAAGGCGUGUGCCAGCACCGCCCAGCUAUUUUUUAAGAGGGGGGGGGCAGCAUUCUGAAGGAAUAGUACAGUGAUGCUCACUGGACUCCUCCCAUGGCCAUGCACCUGCUGCGCCCUCCUGUCACCAGGUUCUUCUCCAGAUGUGUCUUGUGAGUGUGUGAAAUAUAGCAGUAUAGCAACUGCAAGAACCCUUGCCUACCCUGUCAAGUUGUUACCUCCUGUUGGUGGGUGGCACCAGGUCACUAUUAUGUGAAACUUCUCAUGGUGCUACACCUCUAGUGUAAACUAAGCUGAGAGACAACCUGGUUCCAACUAUUGCACUUUACAGCUGUCUGGACCCAGGCUGCCAUUGAUGCUUUCUUCUGAAAGCUGCAGCCAGGGUUCCAUCAGGUGCAAGAGUCAGCUCCCGAGUAUCAUCUUGACAACACCCCAGUCUCUCCUUCCUGCACCACACAUGAGGAGAGAACUUUUCCUUCACGAACCUCAGAGCAGAGAGUGGAAGGUGUGAAUUGAGUUUGGAGCCCUAGAUAGCUGGAGUGGAAUGGCUCAGUGGUCUGGGGGGAACAGAAGACAAUGCUAGGACUUUUUACUUGCAUUUAUUCACUUAAUGGGGGUGGGGGAUGAAUGCCGUGGCACAUAUGUAAGUCAAAGUACCUUACAAAGCUGCCUGUCCCUCCCAUGUUGGUGCCUGGCGUGGCUCAGGUCAUCAGGGUUGGUGGUAAGCGCCUUACCUGCUCAGAAAUCUUGCCAGCCAAACUGCUGUCAGGCUGUGCACUGGUCUACUUUCUUUCUGAAUGAUGAUUUUGAAACCAUGAGAGCCGGUGUGGGUAGUUCAUUAACACCAGGGAGCUGUGCUGACCUGGCCCUUGGGACUGAUGUCUCAGCCAUGUCGGAUGUCCGGACCCUGUGCUUGGGCAGAGGUGCAACAUCAGGAUGCAGGAGUACCUGCCUGCCUUGGAAAGUGUGUGGUUGGUAUUUGUCACUUGUAAUCUUACCCUGUGCUCUGCUCUGCCUGUGACCUUGUCACCAGGGAAUCCUCCCUGCCCCCUCUUGCUGUCCUUAGAUGUUUUUAUUGUGUCUCCCUGCUCAGCUGUGAUGGGAAAGGUGUGAUGGGCUGGGCUAAAGUGAGUCACGUGCAAACAGCCUGCCUGUCUCAUCCUAGGUAUUCUCUGAAUGGAAUAGUAACUAUAGGGAAGUGUGGGCCAAUGACACCUCAGAACCAGGACCUCGGUACUGGGACCCAAACUUGAGUUCUAAUGUGUUUUUAACUAAAGACAGGUCCAAUUUUAGCUGCUGGUGGGUCUGUGUGUGUUUAUGUGACCUGAAGUGAUCUUGGGUCAGGUGUGGUGGCACAGACCUGCCAUCCCAUCUCUUGGUAAGGUGAGGCAGGAAGAUGAGCUCAAAGCCCAGCCUGGGCUACAUGGGAAGACCCUGUCUCAAAAAUAACUUUAAAGCAAUUAAAUCAUUCUUCUGGCACCGCUCACAACCCUGUUGUUCCUCUGUUUGGGGUUAUUAUCAACUAACUCCAUGCUGUAACAAGUACAGAGUGGGCAUAGGGUCGUGGAUUCCAGACCCACUCCCCAAAAAAAAUCAGAGUCCCCAGGGCCACUGCUCUCCCCAGAGAGGCAGCCAAGGGCCCCACUCUGCCCUCCACCCUGUCGUAGUGAGUAACUUGUGUUUCUUUCUUUUUUUGUUUUUGUUUUGUUUUUUUUUUUCCCUAAA